AUGGGAGAGGCCGGCUGGCUCCGCCUGCGGCUUGUCUGCGGCAGGGCAGCAGCAUUCGGUGCCACUGCCUUCGGCGGUGCCCAGAUCCCGGGAGGGUAUGUCGGGGACGACGCCCUGUACUUGCGCGACUCCGCCCUCAGGCGGGGACGCGAGGUCGACGUGUGGGACUCCGAGUCCGACGGCUCCGACUGGGGAGGGGCCAAGCCAGACAUGGAAGCCCUCGGGGUGCUCGGAGGCGGCGGCCACGCCCGCAGCAGGCGCGAGCCGCGCUCUGGCAGCGGACUGCUGGUCAGUGGUCAGGGCGUGGUUGUGGAGGCCAUCGACACCAUGGUGGGGAACCUCCGUGAUGAGCAGGCAUCCGACGACGAGAAGAAGGACGCGCGACAUCGCCUCCCACCCACCGAGAGCAGGAGGACGAUGUGGAGAACCAGCAACAGCAGGAGCAGCAGGAACCACCCGAGCAGGAGGAACCACCCAGCAGGAGCCUGUGAGGCCAACCGCAUGGAGGACACCCGCUCUGCGGUGCUGGCCGGGCGGGCGAUCGACGAGGCUAGCGACACCAUCAGCCAGCUCACAUCCGACGUGGGGGAGCUGGACAGUCAGCUCACGCAGAAGGAGGAGCAGGGCGAAGCCAUCGUGGAGCAGCUGGCGGCGGCGGAGGCUCAGCGGAACGAGGAGCACGCCGCCUUCGUCAGCGGCCAGAAGGACGACGAGGACGCCGCCACGACGGUGGCCUCGGCGAUCGAGGUGCUGGAGGCCUUCUACAAGCAGAACACAGUCUUCGUCCAGAGAGCUGGGGCCAAGGAGCCCGUGGAGGUGGCGGCCGGCCAGGCGCCGCCUCCGCCGCCCAAGACCUGGAGCGAGCCGGAGUACGGAGGCAGGACAACCGAGUCCGAUGGUAUCAUAAUGAUCUUGACGAUGAUCAAGGACGACAUCUUGAAGGACAAGGCGGCGUCUGAGGAGGCGGAGCACACGGCAGCAGAGCUGUACGCGGAGACGUCCCAGGCGCUCACCAAGGAGAAGGACGCACUCGACGGGCAGAUCGACGAGAUGAAGAUCGCGAAGGGCGAGAAGGCGGGCACCAUCGAGUCCACGAGGUCGGAGCGCAGCCUCAAGAAGGACGAGCUCGACGUCAUCAUGGAGAAGGUGAAGGCCGUGCAGCCCGGCUGCGACUUCUUCCAGGUGAACUACCUCGUCCGCAAGAAGAACCGCCUCAUCGAGCUGGACGGGCUGCUCAAGGCCAAGGCCAUCCUGGCGGGGACGUGCGCGGCCGGGCUGCCCGAGCGGUGGCAGGACCCGGAGAGGGCCGGCAAGUCGUCGGGGCUCCCGCUCGAGCCUCCUUUCGUCGCCGACAUUCGCAAAGCUCGUCAGGGUCCUGCCGCGAGGGCGCCUCGGGAAAUCAGCUACAGUCGGCCCUGA